AUGGUUCAAUGGCAACAUAUGAACAGUUGCACCUACAUUUUAUUAAGUGGGUACUCAUUUCAGAUCAUAUUUCUUAUUAUUUUUGGAUGUCAUUUUCUGCAGAAACUCAUAUUUGAGAGACCACCUCAUAAUGUGCAUAAAGUAGUUCUCGCUACAAAUAUGGCGGAGGCAAGCAUUACAAUCAAUGAUAGAGUUUUUGUUAUUGACUGUGGAAAAGCAAAAGAGACAACUUAUGAUGCUUUAAAUAAUACACCUUGUCUACUACCAUCUUGGAUAUCACAAGCAUCUGCACAACAAAGAAGGGGUAGGGCUGGCCGUGUACAACCACGUGAAUGUUACCACCUCUACCCCAAAUGUGUUUAUGAAGCUUUUGCAGAAUAUCAACUUCCAGAACUUCCGAGAACUCCUUUGAACUCUCUCUGCUUGCAAAUAAAAAGCUUGCAGGUUGAAAGUAUAGGAGAAUUUUUGUCAUCUGCUCUGCAGCCACCAGAACCACUUGCUGUCCAAAAUGAUAUUGGUUUUCUGAAGAUGAUUGGAGCAUUAGAUGAGAAGGAAAAAUUGACUGAGCUUGGAAAUUUCUUGUCAAUGCUUCCAGUAGAUCCCAAGCUUGGGAAAAUGCUGAUCAUGGGUGCUAACUUUCGUUGCUUUGAUCCUAUUCUUACAAUAGUAUUUGGGCUUAGUGGCAGGGAUCCUUUCUUAUUGCCUCAAGUCAAAAAAGACAUAACAGGGACAGCAAAGUCUAGAUUUUCUGCAAAGGAUUACAGUGAUCAUAUGGCUCUUGUUCGUGCAUAUGAAGGAUGGAAAGAUGCAGAAAGAGAAGGAUCUGCAUAUGAGUAUUGCUGGAGACAUUUCAUCUCAGCUCAAACUCUUCAGGCUAUCCAUUCUCUUCAGAAGCAGUUUAGCUUCAUUUUAAAAGAUGCCGGCUUGGUAGAUGAAUAUGCAAGCAUCAACAACAGAUUAAGUCACAACCAAUCAUUAGUCCAUGCAAUUAUUUGUUCUGGCCUUUUUCCUGGCAUAGCGUCUGUAGUGCACUGAGAGACAUCAAUGUCUUUCAAAACAAUGGAUGAUGGCCAGGUUUUACCAUAUGCAAAUUCUGUGAAUGCACAUUACCAAACUAUUCCUUAUCCAUGGCUGGUAUUUGGUGAAAAAGUUAAGGACAAUACUGUUUUCAUACGUGAUUCCACUGGUGUCUCUGAUUCAAUACUCAUUCUUUUUGGUGGUGCACUGAACCAAGGAGUGCAGCCUGGACAUUUGAAAAUGUUUGAAGGGUAUGUCGACUUCUUUAUGGAUCCUAGUUUGUCAGAAUGCUAUUUGAAGCUAAGGGAAGAACUUAAUAAGCUCAUCCAAAAGAAGCUUGAAGAUCCUAGCCUGGACAUUCACAAGGAAGGGAAAUAUCUUAUGCUUGCAGUUCAGGAGCUGGUAUCUGGAGAUCAAUGUGAAGGGAGAUUUGUAUUUGGCAGGGAUAGCAAGAAGCCAAAGGAGUCUGGUAACGAUGACAGAUUCACAAGAGAUGGAACGAAUCCCAAGAGCUUGCUUCAAACUCUGAUGAUGAGGGCAGGGCACUCUCCUCCAAAAUACAAAACAAAGCACCUCAAGACAAAUGAGUUUAGUGCGCUGGUAGAGUUCAAGGGUAUGCAAUUUGUUGGAAAACAUAAGAAAAACAAGCAACUUGCCGAAAGGGAUGCUGCUGUAGAGGCAUUGGCAUGGUUGACUCAUACUUCUGACAACAGUCGAGAUGAAGAUGACAAGUCCCCACCUGAUGUGACUGACAACAUGCUUAAACUUCUUGGGAAACGUAGAAGAUCAAAACGUCGGUCUGGUUGAUGAUGGAUGAUGGAAAAUCGUAACAGAUUGACAUAUAAAUUCUCGGCAUCCUUGGUUAGGAUUUCUGCACUGGUGACCUGCAGAAUGCAUCAUGUAGUAAAAUUUGGCGGCUGGAGGGUGCAGGGAAGUUUUCUAGCCGAGUAA